CUGCACACAAUUAGAAUGCAAUGUAGCAGCAGUCGUCGACGCUCUAACUCUCAGAGUGUUAAAAAUAUACUAUAUAUCUUUUUCUGAGUGGAACCUACAACAACUACUACAAAGCAAAAACAAACUCACCAGCAUCCUGGAGCUCCUCCCUCGCUGUCGUCGUCGUCGCAGCCGACCGCCGACUGUGCUCCUACACUCGAAUCAGCCCCCUUAUAUACAGCCGGCUGUCCUUGGGGACUUGGGCGUUUCCUGCCUGGCUGACCUUGUCUCUCUCACUCGAACUGGUUUUGACUCCGCCCCUGGUGGGUAUAAAAGGCGAGCGCAUCUCGGUCCUCAUCGCAGUCUGCUCCCAGCCGGCAGCCAGGAAGGACCCCAGGAGGACCCCAGGAGGACCAGGAGAACCAGGAGGCUACAACUUUGCAAACAUGUCUGACGCAAAGAGGAGACACGAGGAAGACGAAGAUGAGGACACCACUACUUGGGACCCGGAAGCCACAAGGGCAAGGAUCCCAUUGACGAGGACGACCGCAUCGCCAAGCAUCACGACGAGGCGUACGAGCGAGCCGAGAGCGACGCAGACGUGUUUGCUGCCGACCGAGCCUCGACGAAGGAAUUUUUCCACGACUUUGUCUCGACUGGCAACUGGCACUCUGCCUUGGGAGCAGUCGGUUUGGGUGCGAAGAACGUGGUCGAGGAGCACGUACUAGGCCGCAGCCUCUAUGGAAUGCCCCCAGUCAGAACCGGACGGAAACGUGCAAAUCACGGGGACUCAGAUCCAACAGCACCAAAACGAGUUAACGACGACCCAGGCCCCACCAGCAGUGACGCGGAAAUGUCCUCGGCGGAGGAGCUACAAUCGGAUGCCCCUGCAAGAGCAGCAACCGGGGGAGCAGGCGUUGGAAGUAACCAUCCGUCUUCCUCCGAAUGCGUUCAGCAAAUUUUGCGAGUUCCUCGCGACCACGGAGUGGUCUCAGUAUUCAGUGACAGCAAGAUUGUCACCACCUGGGGCUACUGUAUGCUAAAGACAUCGCUCAAGUACGACAGCGAAAAAACUUUUCCCGGCAUCGUGACGAGCAUGUCGCGCCUACCCGUCGACCGGCCUUACCUGUACAUUCCGCACGGCACUUACCUUAACUUUCCGGCUCACACAAAGGCUCUGCAGUGCUCUGUCAAGGUGACUCCCCACGGCUUGCGAACUCCUUGGAAGACUGGCUCGUCGGUCGUGCAACCAGUCAAUUCGGACAUGCUAGUUUACGGCCUGGCCUCUGUGGGCUUGAACCAUCACAUGGACACGGCCAUGUGCCGCAUAACGCAGGGCACAACACACAACGCAAUGAAACCGGCAAGUAUUCGCCCCUUUAAGGCAGACGACCACGCCGAACUGGCCAAGAGCUACUGGGGUCUGAACAUAGCACCGGGCAUGGAAACGCAACUCAAUGACGAUGCGUCCAACAUCCCUACGAGCAUGGGAGCACCCCGGCACAACUUUGCUUACGACUUUAUACACAUUGAAAAUGCGUCUCCUCGCUUGACCAAGUUCGUAAACCAGUUUCCGUUCAAGGGUCACGUGGGCACUCCAAUUAUCAACUACGAGCACAAGUUUAAAAACGCGUGGCUUCGCAUGGGUCACACGUACAAUGCCGGCAACGAACUACUGACCCACUCGUCACUUGGUCUGCCGUCGGACGUGGUAACUUACAAAACGAGCAACCUGUCUAAUGCGGAAUCGAACACUCAACUCCCGGAAGAAAACACAGUGAUGCGCCUUCGCCCGCUCGAUUUUUACAGGCGACACAUCAGGUAUCUGGACACAAUCGAGAAGUCUUGGUACCGCAGAGGUCUCGCACCCAUGGAACUCGACGCGAUUCAACCGAGCCUCGCCUUUGGCAUCAUGGCAGUGUCCAAAUCAAACAAGGACGAUCCCGGCAGCACUGACAAGUUUCAAGACGUCACAGCCUUCUUCCAAGUGGACACGGAACUUGUAGUGCACAGCAGCUUGGACACCAUUGCCGCCGACACGGUAAUGCUACCCUCCAGUGCAGGCCCGUAUCUACGCCACACACACUACAAGAUCAAGUUGCCUUACAACAGCCUGUCACGCCACGGUCGCCCUGCCCACCUGGCAAACACGGAGGAAGACAUCAAAAACUACAUGUUGGAAGUGGAGAAAAUCGCGGCCGAGCAGCGCGGCGAUCCCCGAGAGGACCUGCAGCCACCAGUACGCACCCUACGAUCAGUCUCGGUACCAUUUGCCCCGGAAUAAAAACAACAAUGGAACCAGAAUAAAAUUGUUUAUUGUCAUUCUUCAAAAUCUUGUAAAUGUCCACGCAAGAGUUGAGGCCGUUCCUCGUCUUCCAUU